CAAGAGAGUCGAGCCCUCAUUUGUUUCACGUGAUCGCGCCAUCUAUUGUCCGGCGCCGCUCCAAACUUCGAGUGUCCAUAGACUGUGAUUCUGCACUGGUGAAUGGAGAUACCGACACCCGAAAUUCCCCUUGAUAGAGCGCUCAGUCAGACACGGCAGAGUGGAUGUAUGGUUAGGGCUGUGGCAUCUGGUCGCGCCACUGGGUGAGGGAAAAGGGCCGCGCCGGUGCCGCACGACAGCGCUAUGACCAUCGCAAUGAUAGCCAAUCAGGACCCACAGGAGGGCCCACCUAAUACCCCACCUCAGGGAGGGGAUGGAGAAGUGCUGGGUGAGGGGGAAGGGGAGGAAAUGGGAGCAGGUGAACCAGACUUUCCACUGGCUGCCUUGGCUCGGCUGGAUGAGAUGAUCCAUCGGCAAAGAUGGGUCGUACCGGUCUUGCCAAAGUGUGAGUUGGAGCUACUCUUGGACGCCUCCAUUGAUUUGUGCACCCGUGGGUUGGACACAAGAAGUGAAGCAUGCCAGAGGUUCUUCCGUGAGGGUCUUACUAUCUCAUUCACCAAAAUUCUUACGGAUGAAGCAGUUAAUAGUUGGAAAUUUGAAAUUCAUAGGUGUAUUCUCAAGAACUGUGAAAAAUUAAUUGAACUGGUGGUAGUAAAACUGCACCAAGACUGGUUUCCCUUACUUGAUCUGCUUGCAAUGGUGCUCAAUCCUAAUUCCAAGUUCCACACCUUCAAUGGAACCCGCCCCUCGGAGACAGUACCUCAGGGGUCCCAGAUUCCAGACUCUGAGCUAUUUGCUCGGCCUCCUGACCCUAGGAAUCCAAGGGGUUGGCUGGUAGAUCUUAUCAACCUCUUUGGCAAACAUGGAGGCUUCCAGAUUCUCUUAGAAAGAUUCCAGUCUGGCAAGAAUCUAUCGGUUCCAGUGAUUUGUGCUCUCCUCCGACCAUUUGGCCUAUGCUAUGAGAUGCUCACAAUACCUACUAUAGAAAAAUAUUUCAUGUCUAUUGUAGAGGUAGUCCCAGCCUUCUUAGAAAACCUCACUGAUGAUGAAUUGAAGAAAGAAGCCAAGAAUGAGGCCAAGAACGAUGCACUGUCAGCAAUUAUCAAAGCCAUUAAGUGCCUGGUGUCCCGAGUGCCCAGUCAGGAGGAGACGGCCAAGAACUUGGAAAUUUUUAGGUUGAAAAUGAUACUCAGGUUAUUGCAAAUAUCAUCCUUUAAUGGGAAGAUGAAUGCUCUGAAUGAAGUAAACAAAGUGAUUACCAAUGUGUCCUAUUACUCCCACCGUCAUGGACCUUUUGAGGAAGAGGAAUGGCUGACAGCAGAGCGCAUGGCAGAAUGGAUCAAGGAGAAUCGUGUCCUACAGAUUGUAUUGCGUGAUUCACUUCAUCAGCCUCAGUAUGUAGAGAAAUUAGAGAAGAUCAUUCGCUUUAUCAUCAAAGAGAAGGCUUUGACUCUAGAAGAUCUAGAUGAUAUCUGGGCAGCACAGCAUGGGAAACAUGAGGCCAUUGUGAAAAAUGUGCACGAUCUCUUGGCCAAACUUGCAUGGGAUUUUUCCCCAGAACAACUUGAUCACCUUUUUGGAUGCUUCCAGACAAGCUGGAGUCAAGCUAGUAAAAAACAACGUGAGAAACUUUUAGAAUUAAUCCGAAGACUAGCAGAAGAUGACAAGGAUGGUGUCAUGGCACACAAGGUAUUAACUCUACUGUGGUCCUUAGCACACUCAGAUGAUGUUCCAACAGAAAUAAUGGACCAGGCUCUCAAUGCUCAUGUAAAGAUUUUAGAUUAUUCAUGCUCACAGGAUCGAGACACCCAGAAGAAGCACUGGCUUGACAGAUGCGUGGAGGAACUCAAGCAUGAUAAGUGGGUCCUCCCAGCACUGAAACAAAUUCGAGAGAUAUGUUGUUCGUACAGUGAGGCUCCACCUAACUUCUCACAACAUCAGCGCCCAACUCCACAUGUCAGCUACCGUCAUGAUGUUAUAUCUAAGCUACAGAAUCAGCACUCACUCGUGGUCCUUGUGGCAGAUAAUCUCACAACUUACAUGAAGAAUAUUAGACUAGCUGCCAAGGAAAAUCCAGACCUGAAUCCAGCAGAAAUAAUUCCGGACGGCCGAUACAACCACAUUUGUCAAGUUCAGGAGCGGCUAAAUUUUCUCAGGUUUCUGUUAAAGGAUGGUCAGUUAUGGCUGUGUGCACCUCAGGCCAAACAGAUAUGGAACUGCUUGGCAGAAAAUGCUGUCUUCACUGUUGACAGAGAAUCGUGCUUUAAGUGGUUUUCAAAGUUAAUGGGCGAUGAACCAGAUCUUGAUCCAGAAAUUAAUAAAGAUUUCUUUGAAAACAAUAUAUUGCUUCUGGAUCCAUCACUGUUGACUGAAAAUGGCAUGAAGUGCUUUGAUAGAUUUUUCAAGGCUGUUAAUUCAAAAGAGGGCAAGCUGGUUUUGAAGAAACGUGUAUACCUCAUGGAUGAUGUUGAUCUAAUUGGUGUUGACUAUGUUUGGAGGGUUGUACUCUGUGGAACUGAAGAUAUUGCUAGCCGUGCCAUUGAACUUCUGCGAGAGACAUUCACUAAUCUAGGACCAAGACUCCAAGCAAAUCAAGUCAUUAUUCAUGAUGACUUUUUGUCUAGUUGUAUGUCCCGGCUAAAGGCAAUGUAUGACACUGUAUCAGUGUUAGAUCGGGAUAAAGACUCGGUUAACAGAAUUAGGCAAGAGACUACAAGAAUGUGUCGUGUCCUUAAAGUUUUAUAUGAAUAUGUGUCAGAAUGUGAUGGUGAUUUUGGAGAUGAUCGCUCGAUUUUGCCACUUGGAAGAUCCUCAAGGGGCAAGCAUUUGUCGCUCUUGGUACGUUUCCCUGUGCAGGGUCGGCAACCAGAUGAACUGGAUGUUUGGACUCAUACUAAUGAUACUAUGGGAGCCAUCAGAAGACAGGUUUUGCACCGUCUGAAGUCAACAGCUCCAAAUGUAAAAGUCGAACUCUACCUGAACACUGACCCCAUAGAUCCAGUUGAUGACAAGAAGAUUAUAGCACACAUGCCUCUUAGAGAUAAAAUGGUAUUGACAGCUAAGCUAGUCCAAGUCGGAAGUAACAUGCCAUCAUCUCCAGACAGUUCCUCCGAUUCUUCAACAGGUUCCCCACAACACCCAUAUGAGGGCCCUAAUGUUGAUGCAGAAAAUUGUCUUCCUGGUGUUAUAAUGUCAGGUCAAGGAAAGUAUACACAAUUCCUCCUGCAAUUAGCAGACUUGGGCUGCACUUUACAACUACCACAGUUGAGAGAUAGUGCACGUGCUCUUCUUGAAAUAAUGCCGGCAGACCAGUACACAGUUAACAAUUUACGAACUCUGUGUAUGGAGCAUGCCAAGAUUGGAGACCAGAACAUGUCUCCUUCUUUAGAGAGUAUUGUAUUUUCACCAUCUCCAUCACAAGUCCUCUAUAACUUGCAGGUAUUAUAUUCUCUCCUCAUGCCUGCACAUAACCCUAUGUCAGAAAAGGCACAUGAAUUCCAGUACAAUUUCAUGAAAAGUGGAGGAGUAAAGCUCAUCAUUGAUAUGCUGUCCAAAAACAACUUCCUUUCAAACACAGAUAUGCCCACCAAAAGAUCAGCCUUCUUAGUGGUACUGAAGCUGGCAAAGUUGGCCUUUGUGACAGUAGGGUAUGCCAUUGUUGGUGUUGUAGCUGGAGCCGUGACUUCAAGUGGCACAACUACAACUGGGAGUAAUGGCGGCUCAGAGGGAUCUUCUCCAACAGGUGCUGUAAGUUUGGCAGCAUCCACGCACACACAAGCUUUAGUGCUCCAAGAAGCACUGCAUCACAUCCCCAACCCAGCCUCAGACUGCAUGGUGCGGAAUGUGGCAUCACGUCUGGCGCAAUCGCUUCACGACCAGGUCACUAUCACAUCAUGUCUCUGGGCGCACUUUGUAACUGGUGUGGUCCCUGACAUGAGUGUGGUCAGAGCUAUUCUCAAAAUUACCUGGGCUUCAGCAGCUGGCCAGGGCCAUCUUAUCACAUCAUCUCUUGAUGAAAUUGAGAAGGCAGCAGAGAGACCGCCCACAAAACCGCCAGAUCCCGAGGACCUAUGUGUGUGCCGCGAGGGUCUGGAAACACUGUCAGUAGUUCUAGCCCUUUAUCCCCCUGCUCUUGAAACCUUGACCAAGGACACCCAGUUCCACAAACUUGUGAUGGGGUUGGUGUUAGUAGGCGGUGAGCGAAGCAUACGGCAAUGUGCAGUGGAGCAGCUCUUGCUUAUGGCUACAAAAUGCUCGAACUCGCCCCACACCCUCGUCGUCUUUAUCGUCAUGCUGUUCAAUGUUCUCAAUGGCCUCAAUAGCGAGUACUCGAAAGAAUAUUUUCAGCUGCUGUGUGGAUUACUAAACUGGGCGUGUGUAUCGAGUGUGACUGUAACAGGCGUUGACCGCCUACUAACCACGGAGGUGGAGUGGUUGAAGAAUGUCAGAGCCAGUGUAGCUCAGAUGGCCCAAGGUGGACCAGAGCCCCCAGUAGAUGAAACUUUGUUGGAAGGCCAUCUCUGUGUAACUAGGGAGCUUGUAGCCUUCCUCCCUCCUGAGAAGAAAUAUGAAAUUGGUGGUGACCCUUCCAAAGGAAUUUUUCUCAUUAGGGAACUUGUAGAAGACUUUAUAUUCCCAUUUUCUAAGGUGUACCUUCAAUUAGAGCAUGCCGCAGAGAUGCCUGCUGAGCAGGCCAUACCAGUGUGCUCAACUCAACCGACUGUGAUAGCAGCAUAUGAACUCCUAGUCACUUUAUGUACUGGCUGUGUCCCGAACCUCAAACUGCUGGCAGAAAUGCUCACCAAUAUGUAUUAUUCAGACUGCGAUGAGAGUAUUGGGGAAUGGGAAUAUCUUCCUCCUGUAGGCCCACGACCUAUGAAAGGUUUUGUGGGUUUAAAGAAUGCUGGGGCCACAUGUUAUAUGAAUUCUGUCCUCCAACAAUUAUACAUGAUCCGACAAAUAAGACAUGGGGUCCUAGCAGUGGAAGGCGCAGCAACAGAUCCAGAGGAAGACUUCAGUGGUGAGGAAAGAAUGGAACAGGAGACCAACCUUGAUGGUAAUGAAGAUGAUGCCAUGAGUAGUAGUUCCAAUGAAGAGAGCAGGAAGGAGUACCAUAUUGGUAUACUAAAACAAGUGCAAGCCAUCUUUGCACAUCUGGCUUGUUCAAAGCUCCAAUAUUAUGUUCCCAGAGGACUUUGGAAACAUUUUAAAUUGCAAGGGGAACCUGUAAAUUUGCGUGAACAACAUGAUGCUUGUGAAUUUUACAAUAUUUUAGUCGAGAGCUUGAAUGAAGCUCUAAAGGCAUUAGGACAUGAACAAAUAAUGAACAAGAUUUUAGGAGGAUCAUAUUCAGAUCAGAAGAUCUGUAAAACUUGUCCACAUAGAUAUUCACGUGAGGAAACCUUUACGGUCAUCAGCAUAGACAUCCGAAACUACAGCAACCUAUAUGACUCACUUGAACAGUAUGUUAAGGGAGACCUUUUAGAAGGGGACAAUGCCUACCUAUGUGAAAAAUGUGACAAAAAGGUUGAUACUGUAAAACGGAUAUGUUUAAAGAAACUACCCCCAAUUUUAGCAAUUCAGCUGAAAAGAUUUGACUAUGACUGGGAAAGAGAAUGUUCAAUCAAAUUCAAUGAUUACUUUGAGUUUCCACGCGAGUUAGAUAUGGACCCAUAUACGGUUGCUGGACUCGCUAGAAAUGGAGAACUCAUAGACUAUGACCCAGAAGAUAUGAAGACAGUGAUAUGUAGCAAGUACAAGUUGACAGGCAUUGUGGUCCAUAGUGGUCAAGCAAGUGGAGGACAUUACUAUUCAUACAUUCUUCACAGAAAUGGGAAUGACCAGCGAUGGUACAAGUUUGAUGAUGGGGAGGUUACAGAAUGUAAAAUGGAUGAUGAAGAGGAAAUGAAAAAUCAGUGUUUUGGUGGUGAAUACAUGGGCGAGCAAGUAUUUGAUAACAUCAUGAAAAGAGUUAGUUAUCGGAGACAGAAGCGAUGGUGGAAUGCAUACUUGCUUUUCUACACUCGACUAGAUGUGGAGGAAGAUAAUCUUUGCAACUCUAUAAAUGAGCUCAGCAUAGCAGAACGCCCAGGAUUGAUAAAGAUGCCGAAUGCCAUCGAGCGAUCAGUGGUGCGGCAGAAUGUUAGGUUUAUGCAUUCCCGCUCCCAGUUUUCUCCAGAGUACUUCCAAUUCCUCAAGAAACUUAUAUUGACCAAUCAACCUUAUGUACUACCAGCACCACAGGACAGGAUUGUUGAGAGUGAGGAGAUAGCUAUGAUUAGUACACAGUUGUGUAGCAAGUUCCUCUUUUCUGUGGGGUUGCAUACAAAGAAGACCUUACGUGGACCAGCGCCAGAGUGGUAUGAUGCCCUGCAGGUCCAUUUGCGAGCAUCAGUCCACACUCGGGCAUGGUUUGCUCAGCAGAUAUUAUUUGCCCAGCCACACCGUUUUGUUGAAUAUCUCUUGGAGUGUCCUGCGCCUGAAGUACGGAUGGUAUUUAGCAAGCUUAUAGUACUAGUGGCCCAUUGUGCUCGUAAUGAUGGUCCACAGCCACUGGGAUGGGGACCUCUCAAACAUCAUCCUGGCCUUGAUAUGGCAAGUGGGAGCUGCACACUUAGUGACCAGUUGUUGGUAGCUGUGUUGCAGCUGCUGAACAAGGAUGUAUCAGAACAUGGUCGUCAUCUCACUCAGUAUUUUCAUCUUUUCAACCUAUAUGCAUCAUUGGGUCCUCCAGAGAAGUUACAGCUGUUGAAGUUGAAUGUGGUUGAGAUGUUUAUGCUGGUGGCCUUAGAUGAAGGACCAGGACCAGCCAUAAAAUAUCAAUAUGCUGAACUUGGGAGAUUAUAUCAGGUGGUUUCCCAGUUGAUAAGGUCUUGUGAUGUCUCCCCAAAACAACAGUCUUCACAACCAAACACUGCACCAUUGCCCAAUCCGCAUGGAGAUCCAGCAUGCGCAGAACCUCUUAUGCCAAUUCAGCCCAAGGUUGUAGAAAUCCUUUAUGGAAGAGCAACGUAUGUAAAAAAGAUUAUAGAAGAUGCUAAUAGCUCUGAAGACACAGUGAAGCUCCUCAAGUUCUGUUGUUGGGAGAAUCCCCUCUUUUCUUCCACGGUGCUCUCGGAACUCCUGUGGCAGAUAGCCUACUCCUAUACUUAUGAGCUGCGACCCUACUUAGACCUACUUUUGCAUAUGCUGCUACUAGAUGAUUCUUGGCAGAACCACAGAAUUCACAAUGCACUUAAAGGUAUCCCAGAUGACAGAGAGGGCUUGUUUGAUACUAUCCAGAGAAGUAAGAACCAUUACCAGAAACGAGCCUAUCAGUGUAUAAAGUGUAUGGUAGCUCUUUUCUCUUCCUGUCCUGCUGCUCAGCAGAUGCUUCACUCCAAUGGUGAUCUAAAGAGGAAAUGGACCUGGGCGGUAGAUUGGCUGAACGAUGAAUUAGACCGUAGACCAUAUGCAGCAGCCAAUCAGCAAUACGGAUUCAGCAAUUGGUCUCCACCUGCACAAAGUAAUGAAACUAGCAAUGGCUACUUCUUGGAACGUUCACCUAGUGCUCGUUCAACGCUGGAAAAGGCCUAUGAAUUGUGCCCUGAGGAUGAGCCAGAGGCAGAAGAGGGUGAAGAGGCAGAGGUAGCAGUUCCAGAAGAAGUUGCACCCCUUCCUCCUGUAUCAGACCCAGCGCAGCAACAGCAGCAGCAGCAGCAACAGCAGCCGCAGCCGCAGCAACAACAACAGCAGCAGCCGCAGCCACAACAGCAGCAGCCACAGCAACAGCAGCAACCUGGGCAGCAGCAACAACAGCCUCAGAAGCUACCACCUACCUCAGGACCUCAGCCUUGUAGUUCCCAGUUGAAUUCAACCAAGGAUUCUCCAGUUAGUACACAGAAUAGAAGCCAUAGCGGUGGUUCCUUAACAGUUAACAGUGGAAACAGCAGUAAUACCAAUAUUGGUGACAACAGUGCUCCAAAUAACCCCUCGACCACAACAGUGCCAGCAACUACCGUAGUUGGAGCACCUACUGCAAGUACCACCACAACUACCAAUACUACCAGCAGUCAAGGAGGAAACCAGACAACCACUACGAGCAUCAACACCAGCAUUAGUAGUAUCACAAGUAGCAGCAGCAGUAGUAGCACUACCACCAAUAGCACUAAUAAUGUUGGAGGUACAAACAAGACCUCCACGCCAUCACCACAGUCCACCCCAAAUCUCCCACCCUCCAUGCAGGAGAACCCACAGGAGAACUAAACCAUGCAUUCACAAUUUAAGUUUGCUUAGAAAGGGAAGAAAGAAUUGUAUGGAAAUGAAAAAAUAGUUUCAGCUGUUUGGCAUUAAAUACUUGGGAGGAUGGACUUGUUUGCCAAUGCUGUUGUGUAGUGCUGCACCAAGGGGGAAAGGUCACACAAGAGAAUGACGCAACAUGGAUGUGAAGAUUCUCAUUUCAUUAUAUGAAUCUGACCAAGAGUGAAUCACUGCUUGAUUCAUUUUUUAUAUGGCAGUGUACAAGAGCACUUGCAAAGGACUUUCGUUAUUUAUCUUAAGAAAAAAAAUAUAUACAUAUGAUUGUAAAUAAAUAGAGAAUGGCAGUGAGAUAAAUUGCUGAAAGAAGAUUGUUCCUUCUGCUCAAAGUGUAUGUUGGGACCCUUCCUGUAUAUCAUGUGACUUUGGUGAUCACAAGUUCACAGCAGAACUAUAUGUAGAGAAGUGGUGUGAAUAUAUCACCAAUGAUUAUUUAUAUGGAAAUUAAGUGUAAGCGUUACCGGUGAACCAUGGAGGGUGGGAGGGUGGAGCCACCUGUGUACCUAGUGACAAUUAUGGAAGUCAAACGAAUGUCUGUAUUUUUGCACCUUGAUUUCCGUAGCAAGUGGCUUUUGAAAUUCAUUCUGUAGGAGAAGCUUUCUGAGAAGUUUAAAGUAUCUUACAUGUGUUAUAUUCUUAAAAAUCUGUCCUUUUUUACUGAGUAAUAUCCUUUUCAUAAAUACACUAGUAAGGGUGUGCUUAAUUCAGUAUUUUAAGUAUCAAAUUUUCCUGUGUACCUACGGAAAGACUCCACAAGUGACUAGUCAAGCAGUGAGUAGUGGAAGCCCCUAAGCCAGCCAGCUGUUCUAUUCUGGACUUAGAAGGUAGCACCAACCUACUGAGUCCAGAGCUUGUAAACAAGUGGUGCCACGUUUAGGUGUCACAGUGCAAUGUACAGGUGUUGCAGUGCCACACAUGUGUCGCAGUACAACUGGCUGGCUGCUUCUGUAGAAGAGCAUCAUGGCCAUCAUGGUCCGAGUGCCAACACCAUGUGAACUACUUUGUCAGAUGGGGAAGCACUGUUAGCCUCCUAGCACAUCACCUGCUGUUGCAAAGUGCAAUGUUUGAGAAAAAAAAAAAAAAAAAAAAAAGAUAUAUAACUCACUAGUUUUAGUGAAUUUUUUUGUAGUGGGAUUGAGGCAGUGCCUGUGAAUAUGAAUGAAGUACCAGUGAUCCAUAGGAAAUGUGAAAGGAACAGUGAGGCUCAAAGCUUGAAUUCCAAGUUUGUGGAUUCCACUUCAUGGUAUGCUUGAAUUCUGGCAAAUAUUAGCAUGGAGAUAUCUUUUUCUGCUGUUGAUGCCAUGGUUUGGAGAAAUGAUAGCUGUGUAAGAAUCCAUAUCCUAGAAACAUUUGAUACUCCAACAUUAUCUGCAGUUGAAUAUUACUCUUUGCUGACCGGCAUUUCAAGUCACACCCUGCACCAGUCAACCAAGCAUCUUUUUCAGCUUGGAGUACUGCGACUCUUGUAUCAUUGUGAGAACGUUGGUCAUUGCAAUCGGUAGGCUUGUUGUCAGUCUGGCUCUUAUCUGGUUUAAAAAAAAACAAAAACAAAAAAAAACAAAAAAAAGAUAAUAUAAUAAUAAUAAAAAAAAAUCUAAGGAUGGGAGCCUUAUUGACCCUCAGGAUUCCCGGUUAUUAUGAUGGUAACCCUCACAAUCCCCGCUUGUUGUCUGUGAGCCGUGCUGCUGCCAAGGUGUAACCACCUCUUGUUGUGACUUAGUAAGUUUUUUGUAUGGAAACUUUUGUUAGUUCCCUAUUUAUAUUAAUGAUAAAGCAGUUUGGAGUGGAAAUAGUGGUAGCAGUCAGUCACCAUCGUUAGGAGCUGAUCCAGCCUCGUGCAUCCGCUUGUUACUGUCUUGUUUGCCUACUAAUGUAUUAUAGGUUUCCCACACAGAUGCCUUUUUUGUUUUAAGGAACUCAAGUUUGGAUACUGAAAAAAAAAAAUGCAAUUGGGAAAUUGAGUGGCUGUUAUGUAAAUUCAAAAUGGGUUGAUCAUGCAAUGUUCAUAUUUGAAGGAUGGUAGGUGGAAAUUGUCAAUUGGUUGAUAUUUUUCUUUUUUUUACAUAUAAAUAUUUGCUGCCACCAACUGUGAUUAUAUGAAAUUGUGAAGACUUGUAAACAAUGUAUGAUGUAGUAUUUUCAUGUUACUACCUUGUCAAUAAUUGUAAAGCACCAGAGCAUACUUGUAUAUCACUGUAUAAGAUAUAAUUUAAUUGAAAUGGAGCACUUUUUUAUUGAAGUCAUUUAACAGAUUUAUUUUUAUGCCAAUGCCCUUUUUCUUCAACAUCAUGCUUUUGUGUCCAAAAUAAAACCAGUGCUUA